GCAACAUUUCGAUCGUAUCCUAGGGCCAUCAAGAGCCGUCCGGGCUAUGGCUGGCGUAAUCUCUGCGCCGAAGUUGCCAAUCCAGAACCGGUCAACGAUCUCCCCGCGGCCAACGAAAUCGUGCGAGCCGCUGUUGCCGCGAAGCGCGAGCCCAGUUGGGCACCGCAGGUCGCCCAUCGGGCCAGGAAGGAGGCAAGAUCGAAGGAAGGCAAGAUGGGCAGAUUACACACCGACCUGGCACGAAGCCCACUCACCAUGGCCAGAAGGGAGCUACGCGGCCGGAGCCUUCAGCUCCAUGUUCCUUCAAACACCGCCAGGCCACCUGUCAGAUGACCAAGAGAGAGCCCAACUAUGGCCCGCCACUCCGACGCCGUCCGGAGGUGGCACUGGGUACGGCUUUGGCGUCAUGGAGAGGUGCGAGCACCUAGGAGACACCCUUCCCCUACAGCCGCCAGCGCGGGUGGCCCAAAUGGCCGCUGCAGCUGCCCAAGCUGCUGCAGCUGCCCAAGCUGCUGCCGCUGCAGGUGCUGCAGCUGCAGCUGCACAAGCGAGCUCCGGAGAGGUGGAAGAGGACGAGGCGAGUGAGGACUCGGAGGAGUUGCCAGAGCUGGAUGGCAAGGCUGACAUGCCUUCCAAAGGCUCCGGCUUUCAUGGCAGUGGGAAGUGCAGACCGUGCGCCUGGUACUGGAAGCCCCAGGGAUGCCAAAAUGACAAGGACUGCGGCUACUGCCACCUUUGCCCAGAAGGGGAGCUCAAGAAUCGAAAGAAAUCCAAGGUUGCCGCAAUGCGGAUGGGUGCUUUGGUGCCAGCGUCAAAGAGCCACAAGGCAAAAUGUGGCGCCAGAGUUCUCAAGCUCUCGCCGCUCAUUUAGAGAUCCCUGACCUUGCCGUCUCGCCUCGCUCGCUUGCUGAAAACAUGGCUCCGAGUUGCCAACUUAUCCAAAGGCCUUGCACUGGGCUUUUGGCCGCCUUUCUCGAGAUUUGUACUGUGGA